ACAAAAAUGGUUUCAUUUCACCAUUUUGCAGUCUACACGCAUCUUACACGGGACAUUCCCAUUGGCUUGUGUUUCCUCCCAGACGGAGCUGGACACGCUGCGUGCCAGAUGGGAGGGUUUCUAUGACGCUCACACCGCCAUUUUGGGGUACGAAUGGAAUGUGGGGACAUGUCCCGGAUGUGAUGACGUCAUGGAAGCGGAACAUGUCGGCUUGCUUACCGAUGUUUCUGCGAGUCAUCUCGGCCUUGUCCCCGGUAAGAAGUAUUACGUCACAGUAACCGCCUGUAACGCAGCAGACCUCUGUACGUCAGUCUCAUCUGAUGGCGUCAUCAUCGACAACUCCCCUCCGGCCCCGGGGGUGGUGUAUGAUGGGGUGGAUGACAUGGACAGUCACUUCCAAGCAUCAAGAACAACUCUGGGAGCACAUUGGUUUGGCUUCCACGAUCCACACUCCGGAUUGUCUCACUACGAGUGGCGUGCAGGCACGACCCCUGGCGGAGAAGACUUGUACGGCACCACGCGACUACAUCUGACAGAGUUGGUCCACAUCUCCCAGCUGGAUCCUCCUCUUCCACUCAACCAUACCGUGUACAUUACAGUUAGAGCAUACAACCAAGCAGGAUUGUACGUUGAGAGAACGUCCAACGGCUUCUAUGUUGACGAAUCUUCACCAGUGAUGUUAGAGGAACCACAGUUUGAUCUGACCCAGGGGUCCAUUAUUCCUGAUACACAGGUGUGGAGAACAACCCUGUCCGUGAGGUGGGAGGUUGUUGACCCCGAGAGUUCCAUCGAGCGGCAGCACCUGUCAGUCAUCACUCACCACCAGGCCGGGAUGGACAUAGAGCCUGUGGAGAUCGCCGGUUCCAUCCGAGACUUCAGGUUUACUAACCUAUCACUACAUGACGGGGACACGUACUACGUACGGCUGGUGGCCUGUAACGGUGCCAAGCUGUGUACAUCAGGGCAGACUCACGGAGUUCUGGUGGACUCCACCCCUCCCACAGUAGGUAUGUUAGCCGUACAGACCGACCAUGCUGCCCAGUUAUGGCGUCACCGUGACGGCUGGAUGACGUACCACCAACAGAACGGCACCGCCCCGCCUCACGUCAGGUUGGCCUGGCUCGGCUUCACGGACAUCCACACUGGGAUCCAGGAAUAUCACGUCACCAUCGGGUCGACUUUUGGUGGCACAGAUCUCACGGUGGAUACUGAACCUCCGUCAGCAGGAAUAGUUUACGACGGUGCGAACAUUCACGACAUGGACUUUCAGAACUGCAGUUCUCACGUGGCCGCUAGCUGGCACGGCUUCUCCGAUCUCCAGUCGUACAUCCACCACUAUGUGUGGUGUGUGGGAUCCACGCCUGGGACUGACGAUAUCCUGACUUGUACAGAUGUGGGAAUAAGUCUGGCGGAAGUGAAAGAGAUUUCACCUGCACUUCCAACUGGUACAAAGUACUUCUCUACGGUGUACGCUGUGGAUGCUGCAGGACUGACGUCAUCACCCGCAGUGUCUGAUGGGAUACUGGUGGACACCACUCCACCGGAAGUGUUGAACAAGUUUAAUUUCGGUCCAAACCUGCUGGAUAACCCGUCAUUUGAGAACAUUCAGAGUUCUGCAAGCACCAACCUUAUAUCAGACCUUGGAAGUGCUGGUAACGUCGGCCUUACAGGAACAGACAACAGCAGUGCUAGUAACAGCAGUCACGUCAAUUUACGUAACAACAGCUUUACAUCAGCUAACAACGGUGAGCCAGCCCACUGGAACAUCUCCGGUGUAGCGGCCGUGAUGUCACCGUCCACGGCUGUGUCUCACCACGGAGUUUCCUACCUCCUCCUGCACGGGUCCAUCUCACAACUCAUCCCGACCAGUCCUGGUGAGAGAUACCGCCUGACGCUUCACGCCUCUCCCAUCUUCCCCUCUAACACACCAGUGGUGGCACAGGAGGGGUACGUCAUCAGUCCCGGCAUGCACCGCGUGUUCAAACUGUACCAGCGGCCGUCCCACCUGGAGGGGGCGGAGCUACACGUGGACAGGAACAUCACGUGGCACAAGCACGUGUUCUACUUCACAGCUGUAGAACACGUGUCUGAGGUAGUCAUCGGAUCUGUAGGGCCUUGGAGCGGGAUUACCCUGGACGAUGUAAAGGUCCAAGAGAUGCGGCAGGGAUCCCGCCCCCCUCCAGCCAACCCCAACCCGACCAACCAGCUGACCAGUCCUGUCCACCUGGAGACCAGCUUCGCGCACGACUGGACCUCCGUGUGCGCCGCCUGGGACUUUGUGGACCCUGAGAGUCCGAUAGUCGGCUAUAGCUGGGCCAUCGGUACAGUCAGGGGUGGGACUCAGCUUCAAGACUUCAAGACAGUCGGGAGAAACACGCAUGCGCACAAUGAAGACGUUAGGCUGAGUCAUGGAUCGUUUGUUCACGUGACAGUCGUGGCUGAAAACGAGGCCGCUCUUCGUUCUGUUGUGUACUCGGACCCGGUCCUGGUAGACCUGACACCUCCUGUCAUAUCUCUGGUCAAGGACGGUAGUGAUGAAGAAGACGUGGACUUCCAACAGUCCAAGACCGUCACUGUCCACUGGAACGUCACUGAUGAUGAGAGUGGGGUAGAGUUCUGUGAAGUUGCUAUAGGUUUGAGUCCAGGAUCAGGAGAAGUCCACCGGUUUACCCAGCAGGCAACACUCUACAGCGCCACCUUUGACCUUACCGGUCACCUGACCCACGGUGAUACUGUCUACUCCACUGUCCGCUGUCAUAACUACGCAGGGAUGACGUCACACGUGACGUCAAAUGGUGUCACCAUUGUCAGUCAGCCGCCAAACAGUGAUCAAGCCAUAGUGGAAACUAUGAGUGCGCCUCAGUUCUACUACCCGACCCGAGCCUCCCAUCAGUCUGCUGCUGACGUCAUCCACCUGUCCUGGGAAGGGUUCUUUGAUGUUUCCGGCAUCAAGAAUUAUCAGUGCCGUGUGACUGGCCCUGGUUUGACUGACUUCCCGUGGAUAGAUGUUGGUCUGACCGGACAGACUCACGCAACCCUGUCAGGGCUCCACCUGCACAACUACAACAGGUAUGAGGUACACGUCCGAGCUGUCAAUCACGUGGGCUUGGUCAGCGAUGAUGUCAUCUCAGAAAUCUAUGUGGAGAUGGAGCGACCACUGGUAACAACAGGCCGGUUCCAGAGCUGGUGGCCCCGGCAGGGAGUGAUGAUGUUCGACUGGACAGGCGUGUUCCUCAGUAACUCCUCCCUCAUUUACGAGGUGUCCAUAGGGACCAUGGCAGCCGGAAGUGACGUCAUGCAGUGGAGAGAAACAGACAAGACCGAGAUGCGUCUGGACGGUAUGGACAGCAACAAAGAGCACUAUGUCGUCAUCACAGCUGUUAAUCAAGCCGGGCUGUACACGACUGAGUGUUUUGUGCUAUCCUACCCGGGAAACGGGUAAACGGUUUACAAUCAAACUAUUGCAAAACUACCGUCCUAUAGCAGGUAUAAUGUCGGGGAGAGCGUUUUAUAUGUAGACGACUAGCUACUGGCUUGUUACAUUAAUUCAAUACAAUCUACAUUUAGUUUGUAAGCUAUAAAAUAUGGAGGAUACAAAUGGAAGACGCACAGCUAAAGUGACAUAUGCUGAUAAUAAAGAAUAAACAGAAUUAAGUCAUUAUUUUACUUUUUAUACAUGAAUGUGCAUUGCAUGGACUCGUAUUAGGCUGUAUGAAUAUAUAGCCGACAUUGUGUCUGGAAGUUUCACUACGUUUCCGGGGAAAUAUUAGGCUAGUCUAACACUUCAUUAUCUGAAUCGAUCAAAUUCUGUUUUACUUAUAAUAUUGACGUUAAGAAAUGAUGCUCAUAUUGAACA